AUACAAAAACCUUACAAUGUCUUGAAGUUCACACACAUUUUGUUAAGCAUUUCUACCACACGUCUCUACAAAAGGAACAUGGCCGAGAAUGGCAAAGACAAAGGUCGGGCUGAAGACACCGUGGACACCUCAAAAUUCUCUCUCAAAAGCAGCAGCAAAGCUCCACCAGCUGAUGAUGAUGAUGAUGAGAAGGUGAAGAACAGCUCACGGGGUCAAGGUACUCCCUCUGACCUUUACUGCUACCGAACGGACUACCCCUGCAUGGGAAUCUGCCUCAUUAUCAACAACAAGAACUUCCACAAAAAAACUGGAAUGGACGUCCGAAAUGGAACCGAUGUUGAUGCUGCUAAUGUUGCUAAGACAUUCACUAAACUGGGUUACGAGAUCAGACUGUUGGAUGACCAGACCAUGGAUAACAUGAUGAAACAGAUGGAUACAGUGGCGAAGGAGGACCACAGCCAGAACGCCUCGUUUGUGUGUGUGCUGCUCAGCCACGGAGACCAGGAGGUGAUUUACGGCACGGAUCGGUUCGAAAAGCUUGAAACGCUGAUCGCAUGCAUUAAAGGACGUCGUUGCAUGAGUCUGGUGGGGAAACCAAAGCUCUUCUUCAUACAGGCGUGCAGAGGUUCAGAGUUUGACCAUGGCGUAGAGACGGAUGCUGCAGUAGACGAAAUGGAUUCUGCAGUAGACAAAACGUCUGUGAAGAUUCCCGUGGAGGCAGACUUUAUGUACGCGUACUCUACUGCUCCAGGCUUUUACUCCUGGAGAAACACCAGUAACGGCUCCUGGUUCAUACAGUCACUGUGUGAAAAUCUGGCUAAGUUCAGUGGACAGCUGGAGCUGAUGCAGAUCAUGACGCGAGUCAACCACAAGGUGGCGUUCCACUUUGAAUCUUCUUCCAACUUGCCUGGAUUUAGUGGAAAAAAGCAAAUCCCCUGCAUUGUGUCAAUGCUGACCAAAGACUUUUACUUCUCUACUAAAUGAGUUCAUAAAGUGUUCACCUUUGGGAUUCAGAAAGUACUUUCAAAGCAUUUAUUAUUUUAUUUAGAGUAGAAACAGAAUUAGACUAUGUUCUUGUUAAGGAAACUGUUGUUUUCAGAUUUCAGAAAAAUCACAUCAACAAUGUAUUUUUUUUUUAUAAACUAUUAGGCCUAUUGUUCAGAGGCGGUUCACCAUCAGGGGUAAAACGAACACAGCAAAAGAACAUCAGAUUAACAGUGUGUGACGGUACGGGAAAGUUUUGCUUCUUCAGAACCAGGACAACUUCCAGAAUUUGAAAGAAUCCUGAAUUUUUUUUUUUUUACCUUCUAAGGGGUCUUUUGUGGGCUCUAGUGUCCCUUAUAUGAUAGUAGGCUGACA